UAUAAGAAGAGACGAGGGGAGCUUCAGGGUACUGAGCGUCAAGGCAUCCAAGGAAGGACAGACCCCAGACCGUCUCUCCAUCUCCACCUGCCAUGAAGCUGUCUCUGGUUGCCAUCUCCUUUCUCCUUCUGGCUCUGGCCGCUGCUAGCCCACGUGAAUAUGAUGAGGAGUUUGGGAUCCAAGAUAAGUCUAUUCCCAGUGCUGGUCUUGUUGGGCUGGAUCCCUCGUCUCCCUGCUGUGAAAAGUAUUCCAAUAAGGAAUUCCCAAAGAAUAUUGUGAAGGAUUAUUUCUACACCAGUGGCAACUGUCGUCUGUCUUCUGUAGUGUUUGUAUUCAAGAAUGGAAGAACAGGCUGUGCUGACCCAAAUGCCCAGUGGGCCAAGGAUCUUAUGGAAUACAUUGACAGCAUUAAGCAUUCCCCCAGCUCAAGACCCACAACUGUGCCUAUCCCCAGCGCAUAGCCCACAUUAGAAAAAGGCACUUGGAGCCACGGCAACCUCCUUGCCUCUUCG